AUGGCAUUAAACUCGUAAUUGCUCGUCUGUUAGCCGGCUCGCAAAGUUAAAUUAUCGUCCUGAAUUUUCCAGGCUCAGUUUCAUUUAACUUCACAUUUCUGUGUUCAUUCAGUUUGUAGUAGAGCAUAAACAAACUAGACUGAGACCUAAUUUAUGCGGCCAGUAACAAUCUAAUUGCUUUCACCGCUACAUACCGCUGCAACAAUAGAUCGCAAAAAGGAAAUUAUUAUCAACCGUCUAUCAGAUGCAAAUUAUUAUCACGCCACUUAUCUAGACCCCUCUAGAUAGAGCGAGGAUGAUAUUCUCGUUUCGCGCGGCACACUAACCCGAUCGAGCGUAAUAACAGAUUUUUCUUGUAUGUCUAUCAGCUGUUGGAGUCUGGCCGUGUAGUAUCGCGGAUAUUUAUUCCCGUGAGGGGGGAAAAUGCAUAAAAAUUUGCAUAGUCUCACGUCACAGAGGUAGUUAGAGACGCCGACGUGAGUCAGACAGCGGACGAAGCCAAUUACGUUUUUUGCGCGAACAAUUUUCUAAAUUCAAAACAGAUAAACUGCUGUCUAGAAAACGAAACGUAACGAUUCUUUUUUUAAUCGAUAUUCUAUUUUCGAAUCGAGUGUUCUGUGUUGUGGACUGUGUUAGUGUGUGUGAGAUGUGAUUAUUUUUUUUACACUUUUUUUAUAAUGGAGCGAAGUGUUUUGGCGGAGGCGAAGCACGUUCAGUGGGCUUCUGAACUGCACUCGGAAUACCGCAGCACUUACAAAUGGCACGAGUACAAGGAGCAGCAGCAGGGGGUGGUGAAGCAGCCCGCCCCCACGCCCCCCUCCGCACUGCCCAUACAGAGGGGCCCGAUGGAGCCAGCGAUGCCUCGUCGCAAAAAGUACCCCGGAGUGGCGUACAAGACGAACGAGCUGUUCGACCCUGCACCCGCUGAUGAUAUCAGGCCCCAGCAGACUUCGGCCUUCGACCGGGCCAGGAGUGCGCAAAGAAAUGAUGCUGAUCGCGCUGGGCGGCGCAGCAAGUCGGAGGGACCUCGCCAGCCGAGGUGGACCGACACCGUCGAACCUAAGGCCACCACGGCACUCGGCGAGGUAAUGGCUGCAAAGGAGCCAGAGAUCGUGAGCACGGAGUACCGCAACCAGUUCGCCUGGCCCAAGGACACCACGGAUGCGCCACGGAAGAGCAUCUCCAUGGGCGCGCUCAAGAAAGCCGCUGUGGCUGAAGGGUUAGUAGAAGCAGAACCGCUGAUGAACCACGUGGAUGGAGAUCACGAUGACCACAAGCGUUACAUCGAAGACUAUCUCUGGAAUGGACAGAAACCUGGAGUCCAGAGAAAAUCGACGUUCCGUAACGCGCUAUCGGCCCUCAUAUCCAACGGGGAGGAUCGUUCCAAAGAUAAUAGGAAACGUUACAAAAGCGAGUACAAAAAGAAAUUUAGACCGUUCUCUCAAUACGUGUACGAGGCGUCUAAAGGGACAUUUACGAAAUGCAGGGGAAAAGGGAAGUCGAAUGAAGAGGCGAGCGAGAGGAUGCUGGGGGAUGCGGGUCAGGGGGUGUCGGGGAGUAGUGCGGGGGCGGGCGGGGUAGCCGGGGCGGGGGGCGGAGACGCGGGGGAGGACAGCGCCAACACGCUGCGCGCGGCCGGCCUGCAGCCGCUCGGCCUGGCCCAGGGCGACUCCUGGUACCGAGAGGUGCUGGACCUGCGCAAGCGCGCCGGCGAGUACAAGUACCGCGGCUGGGGGACUGAAAUGGCGCCAGAACACAUCACACAGCUUUACAAUAAGCAGAUCGAACUCUGGUACCAAGUGUCCCGGCGAUCCUCGCUGUCGGCCUUAUCACUAGCUUCCACAAAUCACAAGGCACUGCCUCGCGACGAGAAAGAUGGGAAGGAAUCCAAGGGCCACUCGCCGAAGAAGUUCAGGUCGUUCCGGUCGGCGCCCCACCAGUCGAUCCAUGCCAAGCUGCAGGAGACGAAGGCCUUGGAGCGCUCUCCUCAUAAGACCUCGCCUCAGAAACAGAGGAAGAAGCUACAGGGACAUAGCUUCGAUGAAGGUGCUACCCAGGAUGGAGCUAAAACGGGAGAGAACGCGGCAUUCAGGUCUCCCCGGCGGCGGCCUCGCUCCGCCGACCCCGCGCCUGCCGCAGCGCACGUCAAGAUCUUAGCCAAUGGACACGAGCCACACCCUGCUCCUAUCAAACCUACUGGUUUGCAGUUGAGUAGAGGGAGUAGUAAUAGAGUUAGGUCGACAUCAAGGGGCGGACGGUCACCGUCAGCGCCGAGCAAAACUGGGGCAACUGGGGCAACUUUGGCAACAGGGGCAACUGGGGCAAUCGGGGCAAAUGGGGCACCGGGCCGAGGCCGCCGCAGUCGAAGCGUAUCCAAAGUCGGCAUAAAGUUGGACGACGAAAUUCCAUCGCACCGCAGCGCGUCCGUAGCCAAGGACCAUUUCUUCGACGACUCGCCCGUUGUCAAGUCGCCCCCCGAGCCGACCCGGGUCAAGUCGCCCGAGCAGAUGAACAUGAGGUCUCCCGACCCGGUCAACUGGACCGUGCCCCUGGACACUGGGAAGACCUUUACUGUCACCCAGAAUGUGAAAAGCGAAAUCGCUCCAAUCCAUCACCAGCAAAUGUCUCCAAUACGAUCGCUGAAAAAGAGCGAGUCGCCCACCAGCCUCAGCAAGCGAACUGACAAGACCCCAACGACUCCCAUCAGUCUGACUCCCAUCGACGAGACCAAAGCCCUCGACAUGAACAAGGUCAACGGAAUUAACGGCGUGAACGGGGUCAAUGGGGUCAACAGCAAUGACAUAACCCCUGAAACUCCAACUCAGGAACCGUUGAAGGAGAAGGAAUUAAUCAAAAAGUCUACUGAAGCCACUCAGAUCGCUCCUGGAGUGGUUGAUACAAAUGUGGUGAAUGAUGCUCCGACAGGCGGUCUGACCGCCUCGGAGAUAUUAGACCGAGCCCGCACGAGGUUCGAUAAGUUCUGGGGCAAGAAGGAAGAAGACAACGUUUAGUUGUUGCGAAGUUAGAUUCACUUUUCUCACUGUCAAAUGUGGCUGAAUGAAACACGAUACCUUUUAACAUUUAUUUGUAUCAAAUCAAGAAUUGUAACGAUGACUUAUGAUCCAAUCAAUAAGUGUAAUGAUACAAAUGAAUUUUAAACAAUUAAAAGCUUUAACUAAACGAUCUUAGCUAGAUAAUUUUGACUCCUACAGCCACAGUUUUCAGUUAGAAAAGUUGAAAAUUAAUAAAAGUAGGGAAAAAUUAAACGCAAUGUUUAAAAACGGAAUAAAAAUAUGAAAAAAAGCUUCGCUUUAUAACGACGACUGUAAUAAUAUGUAUUUACUAUAAUUUGAUAUGUAUUAACAUACAAUCACUGUCUAUAUAAUAGGAGUGUGGUGGCUUGUGAUAGUAGUAACGAUGACGACUAGUUAUUAAUUAUUGUAUUUAUUUAUUAUCAAAGAUUAUUUAAUUAAUUUAUUAUAUUUAUAACGACGUAUGACAGAUUUUCGAUCUAAAUACUUAUAGGAUAAGACCCAAAGUAAUCUUGUUGAAACUUUACUCGGUACACUAUUUCUUUCCGACUGCUGUCCUGUUUUACUUGAUGUAUUUUAAUGAAAUUGUUAAAAUGUAGGUAAAUAUUAAUUAACGUUAAACAUUAGUACAUAUGACCUGAGAUUAUUUAUUAUAUUUGUUUUUUGCUUGACAUGCGAAGCUUUGCCCCAAUCUGUAUUACAUUAUUUUAAUGUAACAUUCCAAUUUAAAAUCGUUUUAUGUUAGCAAUAAUCAUAUUGCGUUUGACGGGAAAUCAUCGUUCAUAUCAAUAAAACUUAUUAUUUUUGUCAAGUACACUACAGUUAAUUUCAUUUCUUAGGAGAAAUGCAAUUAAUAAAACUUCUUAAUUAAAUACAAUAAACAAAGGCAAAAGUAUACAUAACAUAAUUGAAAGCCGUCCAUGUAGUGUUUAUUGGCGAAAAUUAAUUUUAGUUAUCGAAACUGUUUUGGAAAUAAUAUAUUCUGAACGCAUCUCAACUUUAACCAGCCAAUCACAUAGCUUGUUAUAUAUGUCAAAUCGUUUUGGCGGGAAACUAAACUAAAAAUUGUAAACAAAACAAAAUAAUAAGCUAGCAGUAUUUUAAUAUAAAAAAACUCAAAGAAAUGGAAAUAUCACGAAAAUCCUGUCGUCUGUGUCUCACGGAGACUGAAUUCAACGUGUCUCUGUAUAGCAAUUACGGUCGCAGAACAAACAUGGUAGACAAAAUCCUAGUUUGCCUAAAAAUAGUUAUUGAAGAGACAGACGUCCUGAACACAAUAUGCUACAAAUGCGCCGAAAACGUCGAAAGGUAUUACGAUUUUGUUAUGUUCAUAAAGAAAUCGCAGACAAAGCUGGUAGAACCGCAGCGUAAAAUAGAAAACUCUGUCAAUCGUCGUCUGAUCGCGUCGUAUGUACGCGAACAAGUUUAUGACGCGGACUACACGUUUUCAUUCCUUGACGAAGAGAAACAGGAGCCGAAAACAUCUAGUCCGUUCUUUUCUUAUUUCUCGCCCCCAAAUAUGAUGGUAAAACGUACUGGGGAGGAGCCUGUGUGGAAAACUCCUAAGCCGCGAAGAGAGAUGAUAGAAAAACAUGAAAUGAGACAAGAUGACAAGCUGAAACGGCCGUUUAGGCCCGAGAGGCCUCGCCAUCAUUCCAGAGACUUGUUUGAGUCCCAAUCCCAAGAUUGUGAGGAAACUGACCUCAAACCGUUAGACUGGAAAUUGACACCAGACGAUAAUAUCAUAAAAAGAGUCAGGGAUAAAUGUUUUGGUCGGUCUGAGUUUUAGAUUUUUAUUUCUGUUUCAACCUAUAUUACACUUUUUAAAUGAGGUUGAUUUUCAAUUCUGUGAAAUAGACUAAGGAACUUUUAAUCUCAAUAAGUUUGUAAUAUUUCAUUAGGAGCCUAUGUUAUUAGGUUUUAUAUAAAGAAUAAAUUCCAAUUGUAUGACUUCAUGUCCUGUCGUAACUAUUUUUACAUUAAAAAUAUGAUAUUGACAGUGAGAAGUCACAUAAUUACAGAUUGGCUUGCAUUCUUAGAAAGUUUUUAAAUUGACCAAAACUUUUGCUAAACGGCAUAAAAACCUAAAUAUUGAUUCAAUUUCUCAAAUGGAAUCAUUAAUAUGGAAGUUCCUGGCAUUAUAAUUCUUGUGAUAUAAUAAUAGUAAUGAAAAAGGGUAUUAAUAAUUAUCAUUAAUCAGUAAUUUAACAUUUCCGCAUUUUUUUCUUGUGCUUGUUUCAAAACUUUGAAUAAUUUAUCUAAGCCUUUUUACUUUCUACUGUUCAGAUAUUGUGAUUUAUUAUUAUUAUUUAUUCCUCACUGUGCCCACCAGUGAGGCAAAAACCUAAUUAUUAUUAUCGAAAUUAUUUAGUCAAAAGUGUAAUAUAGGUUUUACAUUUGAUUAAUUUUACAACAACAUUGUUAUGUUUGUUAUAUUAAUUUAUUAGAUUUUUUAAAGAUUGAUUUAUUAAAUAAAGAUUUAAUUUAUUGCUGUUUCUGUGAAAUUCUGUAGUGACAGGGUAACUGUUGUUUGUUUUCAGAGAUUUUCUUGUAAAUGUUUUCAGUUAACUUAUUUAUUGAUAGUUAUUACUUGAAAUGAGUGUAAUUCUUAUGAAUAAACCAAUAUACUAAACUCUUACCCACUUAAAAGUGAAGGUGUCUGUAUGAAAAAAACUACAAUAAGAAACAAGAACCUUUAAUAGUGUAUGAUUAUCUAAAAAAAUUGUUUCAAUAACAAAAAUCCUAAGCUUACACUUAGUUCAAGCAAUAAAAAGAUAAAAAAAUACUCUAAGAAAAAGGUAUGGCAAAGUGUGCUAAACACCAUAAAAGGAAAUGCCCAUUGAUUUGAAAACUCAUGCAAAAUGUAUUGGUUUGUAUGGAAUAUAGGAAUUAUUGUGAAAAUUGUUUUGUAAGAAAUGUACUCAAUUGUGUAGAAUGAUAUAAAAAUAAUAAAAAAACGUAUUUUUAAUUUAGUUCCUAUCGAAGUCCAUUCUUGCAUCCUUCCAUGAUAUAUUAAUAGUUUGUUCAAACAAAAUGUCAUUAUUUUUUAACGCUUUUUGCUCCUUUAUGUAUAGAUAAGCACUUUGAAAAUAACAUUAAGUCUAUCAAAUAAGUAACUUAAAAGAAACUUAUCUUCUAUUUAUAAAAUUUCUUCCCAGCAAAUUCUCCCUGUGCAUCAGCCUACUGCAAAUUAAUGAAUGAGAAUAAAUACAUUCAACCACUCUAAGAUUCUAGAACUAUGCUUGAACUUUUUGAAAUCCUUAAUUCAGGCUAGGCCAGCUUAUAAGAACGACGAAGUUUCUUCUCACUCGAACCCCAGAUAUUUUCAAAGUGCCUGACUUGACAUAAAGGAUAUACCAUCAAAUACUAAUCUAGAAAUGUAUGUACUACCAUAAGUAUAUUUAAUAUUGGUCUGUAUUAACCUGAAUGAUUUUGUUAUUAAUCCUAUACCUAAUUUUAUGGUCCCAGUUGGGUACCAAUUGUUGAUCAGUUUUUCUGUAAGUUCCUAUAAACGUGUAUUGUUUUCGCACAAAAUGUUUUAUUUUCUCAAUGGUGUAUGUAUGAAGCCCUGCCCAGUAAGGAUAUAGUUAAUACUCCCUCAAUAGCAGAUAAUGAUUACAAAAUUUUUAGCUUUGCUACGGGUUUAUAAUAGCGUGUGUUAAUUUUCAGUUGUUAACAUCAAAAUGGACACCUAAAUAAAAAUUUGAAAAUGUU